UUUUUCGACAGGUUUUAGUUUCGGUUUCUCCCUGACGGAAGCAAACAUAACACGGCAGUUCAGUUUAAACUUCCAAAGUUUCUUUAAUUCUCUAAAUCGUCGUGUUGAAACCCUGAGCAUUUUGUAUCUUAGAACUAAACUGAUUGUCACAUUGUCCUAUUUACGGCAUGGCUGUGUUUGCCAAGUGCUCUGUGCUUAUGGUCUUGAAAGAUUUGCCAUUCAAGAAGAGGCGGAGCUUGAAGUUGUCCGUGACAGAAAAUGGAGGAAGUCUUUGUUUUGUGGUCACCAAACAAUGCUCCUUUGUCGUGGUUGGCAACGUGUCACACCUAAGCUCCAGCAGCCUGCGUAGCAUCUGCAGGUUCCAAACGCCGGUGGUGGGGCUGGAUUAUGUGCACAGUUGUCUGCAGAGUGGCGUCCUCCUGCCUUUUGAGGACUUCAAGAUAGACAUAUCCUCCCUUGAUGCAUCCUCUCAAACUCUUCCUCUCUACUCAGCUAAACAAAGUCCAUUCCAUGAUGAAGUGAGCAGAGCCGUUGUCCAGCCAUCCGAGCAGGAAGCCACACCUCCAGAUAAGAGCGGAAGCGUACAGGGCAAGUUCAGGAUUUAUACAGAACGGGAUGAAGAUCUUCCAGCAUAUCCGGAUGACUUCAAUGUGGCCAAGUAUUCCAUCUUUCAUAAGGAUGACAGCAGAACUUGGUGUGUGUUGGAGCUGCAGAGUGCCAAAGGAAAGAAGAGGCAGCAGUACCGCGUGAUUCGCUAUUGGAAGGAUCAGACGUUACCAAAUGACAUGGUGACGUUCCCGUCGACCUCAGAAGAGGCUGUGGAGGUCUACCAGAUUCUGACUGAAACCCUGCUGGCCUCGGGUCUGCGCCUAUGGGCCGGCAUUCCCCCGCAGGAUCAGAACCUUGGCUCGGACCCCCUGCAGCAGCUGCUGCUGGAGGAGAAGCUCAACUCCGGAGUCUUGUCACAAGACGUGGGUGUCUUUGUGGAGCUUCUGUGGACCGAAGCCCUGGGUCACCUUGACAACAUUCUCCGAGUGCCUGUCAACCAACUCAGCCUCAACGACGUGAGCAGAGCUGAGGGAUUGUUGAUUCAAGCGCAGAGAAAUCUGAAGGAACUCAAGGAUGGCACAGCGCACUCUCUUCUGCUGCAAGCUUACGACCUGCUGCCGCUAAAAUACAAAGACCUAGCUUGCAAUCUCAAGGUUAUCUCCGAAAAACUGGACCUCUGUCAGCUUAUUCGAGACAUGCUGAACGUGAGUGAGAUGACUCUGCGAAGCCCCGCCCCUUCCUGCGUCGGCAAGUUUCGCGCCCUGAGGUGCAGUAUUGAAACGGUGGAGCCUGGCUGCCGCGAAUAUCUCACCGUGUCAUCGCUGCUCGAUGACAGAGCUGUGCAGAUCCAUCAGGUGUUACGUGUCAGCAGAGCCGUGGAGCUCCAGACCUUUCACGGCAAACUUGGCAACGUCAAGUCCCUCCUUCACUCAUCCGGCGUCAGCAACUUUGUUGGAAUUCUGUCACGUGGUUUGCUGCUGCCCUGUGUUGGAGUGGAAGAUUAUGGGAUUAAACGAACAGAUGCUGGCAGUCUUGGAAAUGGUAUAUACUUCAGCGAUAGCAUGAGCACCUGUCUAAAGUACUCAGUACCCAGUGUCACGGACGGCUCUCGGCUCCUGCUGGUGUGUGACGUAGCCCUGGGGCGCUGCCUGCAGCUUCACCAGAGACACCCUACCCUCACUCAGGCCCCUGAGGGACACAACAGCGUGCACGGAAUCCGCCGCACAGCCACCGCUCACUCGGAGUUUGAGGGUGAUGAGUACGUGGUGUACAGUCCAGAGCAGGUCAAGCUGAAAUAUGUUAUCCGGUUCAGCAUAGAUGGAGACCAACUGAAGUCGUUCAGCCCAGCUGUAGACGUCUCGGCUGAGUCUUGUCUACCCCCUGCUGACUUAGCGGUCCUUCCUGAUGAUGAUGGCGGUGUUGGAAACAUCAAGAAUCCAUUGGAUGAUGUGACUGCAGGAUUACUUGACAGUUCAGGCCAGCAUCUCCCUCUGCUGGCUGUACAUGUGAAGUGCAAGUUGAUGGAUUUGCUCUCUCACGUCAUCAUCUUUCAAAGGUACACUAAUCAGAGCAACGUGCCCAUUGAAGCCAAGUACGUCUUCCCUUUGGACGAAUACGCAGCCGUGUGUGGUUUUGAAGCCUUCAUUAAUGGCAAACAUGUGGUGGGACAGGUGAAGGAGAAAGAGCAAGCUCGUAAGCAGUACAAGCAGGCUAUAGAGAAGGGCCAUGGAGCCUACCUCAUGGACCAGGACGCCCCAGACGUUUUCACCAUCAGCGUGGGCAACCUGCCAGCAGGCGCCAGCGUGCUCAUUAAAGUGACCUUUGUGUCCGAGCUCAUCAUGAAGGACGGGAGUGUUUUCUUCUCCCUGCCCGGUAGUGUCGCACCAUGGCAGGAAAGUGCUGCGCUCAACCAGACUACGCAGGUGACAGUGGACAAAGUUUGUGUGACGGAUGACACAGCAAGUACAAGAGAGUUCAGCCUGGACAUGUCCAUUGAGAUGCCGUAUGAGAUCAGCAGCCUGCAAUGCAUCACGCACAAAGUCAAGAUCAAGAGGACCGACUGCAAGGCGGUUGUGAGUGUACUACCGGGGCAGGUCAUGGCUCCGGAAGGAUUCCAGCUGUCAGUCACUCUGUCGGAGGUACAUCUGCCCAGGAUGUGGGUAGAAGAACACCCUGACAAGGACAGCCAGGCCUGCAUGUUAGUUUUCUACCCUAACUUUGACAUCAAACCCACUUCUGGAUCAGAUGAAGUUGUCAUUUUGCUGGACACGUCUGAGUCCAUGAGAGGAGAGGCUUUACUCUGGGCGCAGAGGAUUGCCCGGCACGUCAUCAAAACCCUUAACGGUGAUGUUAAAAUCAACAUCGUUCUUUUUGGCACAGAUCACACUCAAGCUUUCCUGACACCACAGCCACUUGAUAAAGCUCGACAAGCAGCUGAGAACUUCAUACAGUCCUUCUCACCCGUGGGUGGCAGCACUGAGCUUUGGAGGCCCCUCCAAGCUCUCGCACUGCUGCCUCCAUCCCAAGGCACCCGCAAUCUUUUCCUGCUGUCCGACGGCCACCUCCAGAACUCCGAAGUCACUUUGCAGCUGAUCAGGGACAAUGUUGAACAUAGCCGACUCUUCACCUGUGGCAUCAGCUCUACAGCCAAUCGGCACAUGCUGAGAACCCUUGCCCAGGCAGGAUGCGGAGCCUAUGAAUUUUAUGAUGCCAAAAACAAGCACCAGUGGGCAGAGAAGGUGGAGCGUCAGGUGAGGCGCAUGGCGUCUCCCGGCUGCAGUUCUGUGUCAGUCAAGUGGCAACAGUUCAACCCGUCGGCACUCCCCCCUGCGCAGGCCCCCAAGCAGCUCCAUGCGCUCUUCAACAACUGCCACACGCUGGUCUAUGGCUUUGUGCCAAACUGCACACAGGCCAGCCUGUUCGGAAACCUGAGCGGCCAGGAGCUAAGAACCGUGGUGUCCACCAGUGAGCUGCAGAAGACGAGGGGCACGUUUCUUCACAAGUUGACAGCGAGAGCUCUCAUCAGAGAUUACGAAGACGGAAGCUUGGAUUCCAACCAAGCUGAACACGAGGGGAAGAAAAGCCAGUUAAAGUCCUUCAUCAUUGACUUAAGCAAAGAGUUCUCCAUCCUGUCUCAGUUCACCAGCUUUGUGGCCAUUGAAGAAAGGGAGCCAGUUGAAGCAGAGGAGGGCUUCACAGACAUCCCCAAGUUGUUGGCCGAAGAAGAUGUGGACAUUCUUCCCUACAUCAACUGGGUAUCUCCUCCUCAGAUGUUUAGAAAAGAAGAAGACGAAGAUUCCUACGUCCCAUGCAUGUUGCUUCCUCAGAUGUGUAGAGAAGGAGACUUUGAAGAGUUCCUAGACAUGGAUCGAUAUUCUGAAUUAGACUCAAGUGAGACGUCCGACUCUUCGCCCACGGUGUGUGUGUCCCCCCCCCAGAGUCCCGGUUCAGGUUCUCCCUUUACAUUUCAAAGGCAAUACGACCAAGGUUUGGGAGCACAGACUAUAUUGAAAAUGGCGUCAUUUUCCCGACAUCGGCGUUAUACUAGGUCUGCGUUGUCAGACUCACUUUCUAUAUCUCUUGAUGUUACUCCACCUCCCCCAUUAGACAGCCCAUCAGUUGUUCCACCACCACCACAAUCUCUUGCUCUGCCCCCACCAUGUGCACCUGGCCGCUGGUCAUUCCCUGCUCCUUCACCUCCACCUGGCCGUUCUAAAGAUGAAAACUACAUUCAGAGUUUAGGCUCAGCACUUCCUCCACCUCCAACACCUUUUUAUUAUUCUUCAUUUAGUGCUCAACCACUUCUCUCUGCUGGAUUUCUAUCAGGCACAUCUUUUGUUCCUCGUCCACCAGAACCUGUUGACCAGUCUCCAUUUAUUGCUUCUCCAUCUUCAUUUGUUAUUGCACCUCCAUUGCCACAACCAUGUGGUGGCGUAUCAUUUGAUAGUCCUCCACCUCUACCUCUCCAUUCAUCAGAUGUAAGCCGCAACCAGACUUUAGCCUUGUCAGUCGGUCCACCUUCAGAUGGACUUAAACUGAUGAACAGGGAAGUUUCCCAUUUGUCUCCACCUGCAGCUCGAACCUCAAUGCGCGAUAGAAAAACGAGGCGUUCUUUUGAAUGUAAACCCGUCCUCACUGCUGACACGGCCAGUGCACAGCUCAGUCUACAUGCCAAGCAAUUCUCCAUGGAAACCGAAGAGGCCGAUGAAUUGGUAACUGAUGGAAUAGUGUUAAUGGGACAAGAGUUUGAUGCUGACAUUUCUGGCUAUUUCAGUCGAGCUGCAUCCGCAGAUGACACUUAUGGUGGCCAACAACAAGUUAUUUCACACCAGCUUGAUCAAGUUAUUUGUGGUGCAGUACCCAAACGGGAAAUUCCAGAGCAAAAAUGGACAGCAUCAAAGAAGAAAACAUUCAAAUUCCAAGGUGAAACUUCAACCCAGUCUGCUGAAAAGAACUUGUCUGCGGUGGGUUUUUCAUUUGGGGGCCGAGCUGUAGGCAAUGCUGGACGGAACAAGGUGCAACAGGAAGCCGGUUCUAAAGACAGAACUUUGGUUGGUUCAACUAUGCCAGGACUCCAAGUAGCUCAUCAGACCGGCUGGACCAUGUUUGGGAGCAGAGCGUUUUGCGGGACCGCCCCAAUUCGUAUUUUGAAAUGGCCCGAAAUCUUCCAGAUGCAGACUUCUGAUGGCUACUGGGAGUUGAGCACUGAUUUGGGCGAGUGCAUCGAUAUUGAUCUCGACGGCUUUGCCAACGUGUUCCUCGAAAGUAAAGGCAUCCGCUCACUCGGCGUAAAGGCCCGUGCGGACAUUCUGAGGCUCCUGGCGACUCUUCUGGUCCUGCAGCUGAUGCGAUUGGAGAAGCUUCCAGAAGGCAUUUUGCUGCGCACGCUCUUCUGUCUGAAGGAUACUCCCGUCAGCAGACCGGCCCACUGGCGUGAGGUGAAGAAGGCGGUUGACUGGGCCAGCUGGGCAGACCGCCAGUACCCGUGCAUCUGCAGUCGCCUGGAGUUCGGUUUCACGUGGGAGUCGGCUACCCGGCAACUGCUGGGCUACGACAACUUUACCUUCUUCACGCCUCUCGGCGGCAUGGCGUUGAGGAGGAACAUGUCCAACGCCCCUGCCGCUCUGGUUGUCCACUGAUUCUUAUUAUACCAUGCUGAGAUCUACGAACCGGACAGUGCGUAACCGCUGUGCAUCUGGAGCGGCCAGCGUGCUAUCGGGCGGACCGGGCCAUUGUACGAGGGGGAACAUCGCGAGGAGGUGGAAUGCGCGUCUACAUCCGUGACGAAUGGUGCCGGGACUCUGUGGUGGGAUGCAAGCACUGCUCGCCUCUGGCGAAGUUUGUGAUCUCCAGGCUUUUGGGGUCCUGAACUCUCUCCCCCGUUGUUUACUUGUAUGUUACUCGUGUACUGUGUCUCGUCACCGUGGGAUGGAGGAAACGUAAUUUCGAUUUCUUUGUGUGUCUUGGCAUGAAGGAAUUGACAAUAAAGCUGACUCUGAUUAUUUGGGGAUUAUUUGAGGGUUAAUGCUAUUUUUUUUUUGUGAAUUCAUAUUUUUGCUUUCUGCUGCUUCUAUUCAUCACGUUUGCAUAUUCAUUCUUACAUGAUUCAAAUAUCUUUCUACAUAGGGAGGUCAUUAGGACCAAUGUUGCGUUUUGUUUAAGAUGUCUGUCAGGGAGCAAGGAAAACAAAGAUGUGGAGUAACACUUGGUUCUUUAUUUGCAAGAUCUUGGGUUGUUUAAUGGCGGUCAGUGCCCAAGGCACUUCAGCAGAUGAAACAACAAUGUCACACUUCCGUUCAGAAGCCUUUAUACUCAGUGUCUGCAACCAGGAUGAAGGAAAAGAAGAAGAGGGAAGGGGGAAAUGGAAAAAACAUGUCCUUAUAACAUGUCUGUUCUGUUAUCACCUGAAUAUUAUGUGACUAUGUGUCAUGGAAAGUUAACUGAGCUCUGUGUGCUAUCUAUGUCAGUGUUCUGAUUAAGUAACUAUGUUUGUAUAAAUUAAUAAGAGUAUUUACUCAUUGAUUAAAAUGAGAGUAACUUAUGCAUGAACGAGUAUGUAAACAUUGCUGUUGCUCCCUCUUCAACACCAAUCUUUAAGAAUAAUCUUUAAAACAAAAAUCACCCUUGACCCUGUAUUGUUAAUCAGACCUUGCUGUGCCAAUAAAUGUGGACAAAAUACAA